CCCAAAGUCAGUCCCGACGACCAGCAUGGCGGCGAAUCAAAGCAUCAAGGAGCUCAUGGCGGCCGAGACGAAGGCCUCCAAGAUCAUCAGCGAGGCCCGCCAAGAGCGUGGCGAGCGUCUCAAGCAGGCUAAGGUCGAGGCCGAGGCCGAGAUCGCGGCCUACCGCCUCCAGCAGGACCAGGCCUUCCAGAUGAACUCGACCGACCUUUUGGGCGACGACUCGAGCAUUAUGGACCAGGAAACGGAGCAGGACAUUCAGAAGAUGCGCAAUGAAUACAUGCGCAACAAGGACAGCGUCUUGCAGCUGAUGACCGGCCAUGUCACAAAGGUUGUGCUCAAGGUGCCCGUGGCCCGCAAGGAAACCCACAAGGCGUAAGCGACAUUUACAUCGAGAAGGAUCGCCGACGCCGUCGAUGGUUGCUUCCAUUAACAAGCUUGUACUUCAUC